AUGGCAUACUUGCUUCUAUAUGUGGAUGAUAUCAUUCUCACAGGCUCUUCACCACUACUGCUCUCUCAUAUCACAUCUGUUCUCAGCUCAGAGUUUUCUAUGUCAAGUCUCGGUGACCUUCACUAUUUUUUGGGCAUUUCGGUUACCAGAACUUCAGACGGCAUGUUCUUGUCUCAACAAAAUUAUGCUCAAGAGAUUCUCAAACAAGCUUUAAUGCAAAAUUGUAAGCCAACCACUACUCCAGCAGAUCUCUCAGUGAAGUUUGAUAGCUCUGGCCCUCCCGUUGCUGACCCUACUUUAUAUAGUAGUUUGGCUGGGGCUUUACAAUAUCUUACAUUUACUUGUCUAGACAUAACAUAUGUUGUGCAAUAG